AAAGUAAGAAAGAGGAGAGAGAGAGAGAGAGAGAGAGAGAGAGAGAGAGAGAGAGAGAGAGAGAGAGAAAGAGAGAGAGAGAGAGAGAGGGUGAUUGAAAAAAGGGGUGGGGACUGCAGGCUGAACACAGGAAAGUUUUCCCCAGGAACAACAAGUGGGAGAGGGGUGGAAAACUCCGGAGCCAAACCUCCAGCUCGACUGCAAAGCAAACAACGUAAUUCGGAACACACACGGCCACUCUCUCACACACCCAGGAGAGAGAGAGAGGGAAGGAGAGAGAGAGAGGGUAGAGCUUUUUUCUGUGUGUGUGUGUGUGUCUGCUGCUUGUGUGACGGUGUGUACCUAGACUGAGCAGAGCCAGCUAUGUGUGAAGACUCCGUCCAGGCAGAGAGAAGCAGCAUGGUGAGCACGCACCAGAGCCAAGAUCUCGUGGUCCCCAGCCCAGAGCCAGACCCACCCUUCCCCAGCCACAGCUUCACACCCUCGGGCAGCGGAGCAGCCAACGCUAGCUCCGACCAUGGAGCUCCUGGAAGUCCCACCAUCAAGGAGGGGUCCGGCCCUGGGAUGAACCCAGCCACAGUCAACUCUGGCCCGGUCAACGCCAUCACGGUGCUGACCCUGCUGGACAAGCUGGUGAACAUGCUGGACACCGUCCAGGAAAACCAGCACAAGAUGGAGGGCCGUCAGGCAGAGAUGGAGGGCGCUGUGAGAGGGAUCCAGGCGGACAUGACCAAGCUGUCCAAGAGCCACACACACACCUCCAACACCGUCAGCAAGCUGCUGGACAAGAGCCGCAAAGUCUCUGUGACCAUGAAAGAGGUUCGAGACAGGAUGGAGCGUCAGGCUGGGCAGGUGAAGAAACUGGAGGCCAACCACGCCCACCUGCUGAAGAGAAACAACUUCAAAGUGCUUAUAUUCCAGGAGGAGAACGAGAUUCCCUCCAGUGUGUUUGUGAAGGAGCCAGUGCCGUUCCCUCAUGAGCUGGAGGAGGGGGAGGGGGAGGAGUCCAAGGGCGUUGUGGUCGACGCCAACCGCUCUCAGGAGGAGGGGCUCCACACCAUCGACCUGUCCUCGGACGAGGAUGUGGGGCUGGAGGCGGAGAAUGAGGAGGAGGGGCUGGAGGAAUUGCACGAGCUUUCAGGAGAGCCCCUGGAGAGAUCCAGGGCUGACAAGUUCAAACGCUCCAGCUUGAAGAAGGUGGACAGCUUGAAGAGGGCCUUCUCCAAACAGAACAUAGAGAAGAAGAUGACCAAGAUCAGCACCAAGAUCGUGUCUCAGGAGAAACGAGACAAGAUCAAGAAGACCCUGAGUCCCAACAACCAGAAGAGCCUCUUCAAGGUGUCCCCUCUCACCUUCAGCAUCAGGAAGAGGCGGGGGUCAGAGGGCCCGCAUGAAGCCGAGGCGGAGGGCUCGGCGCCCACGGAGGGCGCCGUAGCCUCCAUCGAGCUCUCCCCGGUGGGCAUCCCCGACCAGGACCUCACCUUCACUGAGGUGCACUCCCAGCUGGCCCCAGAGCUCCAGGACGAAGGCAACGCCCUGGAGUGGGAGGAGCCAGGUGCUGCGCCAGAGUCCAAUGGCGUACCAGAAUCGGAGGAGAUUCCGGAAUCCGACAUUCCAAAGGAGGAGCUGUUAGUGAGGGAGGAAGUGAGGGAGGAAGUGAGCGAGGCGUAUGCCCUCUCCGCCACCCUCCCGCAGGAAGAUUCCCUGUCAGCCCCGCCCUGCAAUCAGGAAGAAGAGGAGGAGGAGGGGCAGAAUGAGAAGGAAAUAGUGGUGGAGCAGAAAGAGGAGGAGCAGAAAGAGAUAGAGCAGGAAGAGGAGGAGAAGACAGAGGUGGAGCUGAAGGAGGUGGAGCAGAAAGAGGAGAAGGAGAAGGAGAGCCCAGUGGAGGAGGCCCAGCCUGAAAGUAUCACUUCUUAGAGCAUUCCCCUUACUCCACCCUCACAGACACACACACACACAAACUGGCACUCCAUACUCUCACUUACUUUUAAGCACACAUUUAGUAUAAUCUACUAGCAUCCCCUUCUUGUACGACACAUCCUCUUUAGAAUCCCCUGUCAGGUCCAGGCACCUGCCCUCAUACUCACACACAUUGAAGCAAUAGCACGUCAUGUUUGUCUAUCCUAGUGUGUGUUUCUGAGUGUGAUUUGUGUGUUUGCAUGCGUAUGUCAGCGUGUCUGUGUCAGUGUGUGCGUGUCAGUAGGUUGGUUUGUUUUUGUGUGGUUGUCUGUGCAUCUAUGUGUGUCGGGGGGGAGGGGGAUUGCGUGUGUGUGGGUCUGUCUGCGUUUGUGUGUUAGUGUGUACGCUAGCGUGCUUGAUGUAUUCCAGGGCAGGUGUUUGUACCACAUGUGAAGUGGGAUGAGGAUGUGUGAAAUAUUAAAAUCUCCUUAAAGCUAACGCUAAAAGAACUUAUGAACCCUGUGUCUGUAUGUAUCUCAAUGCUAACCUAUGUUGUGUGAAUAAUAUAUAAAAGAACUGGUGACUCGUUCCUUUAGGCCAACAGGUGAAAGGCACCAUUGUGAGCAGUGUACUGCACUGUUACGACCUCACAAAAGCCCACCACAGCACAAUGUCCACACGCUAUUCUUCAUCUCUGAGUCUACUGACAACAGAAAUGAGAUACUAGCAGUAGAUGAUGAGUUGAAAGUAGGGUCAGCAUGAGUCUAACACCUAGAAUGUCAAAGUAAUACUGUGAGUUAUUUUGGCUUUAAGUAACGUGUUGCCAAAGUGUUGUGUCAUUUCUAUAAUAGCCUGACUUGUUUCACGGAUAAAGACGUUAUCUCUGGUGCCAAAGAAGUUUCUCUUGAGGAUGUGGUUCACAACUGUAACUGUUGUAUUACUGUGAUGACAGCUAUGUUUCCCUCUUUGGGAUUACUCAGAAUAAAAACUAAAUAAAGAACUUGUAGCUGA